CCAUUUCUUUCUCUUCGAGUCCUUGUCAAGAAGGACGCCCACACACUCAUCAAGAUGCCGUCUGAAAAGCAUAAGAACCCCAUGCGUGAAGUGCGCAUCGGCAAGCUCUGCCUCAACAUCUGCGUCGGCGAGUCAGGCGACAAGCUGACCCGUGCUGCCAAGGUGCUGGAGAGCCUGACGGGACAGAAGCCAGUGUUCUCCAAGGCCAGAUACACCGUGCGAUCCUUCGGCAUCAGGAGGAAUGAAAAGAUUGCCGUCCACUGCACUGUGCGGGGACCCAAGGCUGAGGAGAUCCUGGAGAAGGGACUGAAGGUGCGUGAGUACGAGCUGAGACGUGACAACUUCUCACAGAAUGGCAACUUUGGUUUUGGUAUCCAGGAGCACAUUGACUUGGGCAUCAAGUACGACCCUGCCAUCGGUAUCUUUGGUCUGGACUUCUUCGUCGUCCUGCAACGGCCUGGUUACCGUGUGGCCAAGAGGAGACGUUGUCCUGGCAAGAUCGGUCCACAGCACUGCCUGGUGAAGGAGGACGCCAUCAAAUGGUUCCAGACCAAGUAUGAGGGUGUCAUUCUCCCUGGAAAGAAAAAGUAAAUGUUGACCAGAUUCUAAAUAAAGUAAGGUUGAAGAACAA